CUCACCACUCUUCUAUCAUGUCAAAAUAGAAAUCAUGAUGUUUGGAAUACUAAUAAUUACCAGCAAAAUCAACUUGGUGGGAGCACACAAUGGCAGCAUCAAACACAAUGCUCCCAACCAAUUCAGCUUGAUAAUUCUAUCCAUGCCUUCCAACCAAACCAGGUCAAUGAAGAAAACCAUUGUACUACAUCUAAUCCAUUGCAUAUAUUGGAACCACCCCAUCUCAUGAAAAUAAACUUAGAGCAUCAAAUCUCUCCAAUUGCUAGUCCUUUUAACUAUCAAAACCCAAUGCAAAAUUUGUUGCGGUACAAUGGAGGUUUCACAUCGAAUCGAAAACAGCUUGAACCAUCAUCAGCUACACAAUCUUUCUCUUCGCUUUUCAGUAACAGCGAGGGAAUUCUGAACUUCAAUUUAAGCUCACUUUUAUCUUCCAGGUCUUCAUCUUCUAGCCCUAGUACCUUGAAUUCAUCAUCUUCCACAAUAUUUGUCAAAGGAACCAAAGAAGAUGAAAGAGACACUUACGGCAGCAACAUGUUCAUGUAUACCAUUUCAAAUGGCUUGAAUGACUCUGGACUUUUGUGA